AUGCUAGAGCCGCCCUCGCAUUCCCUCCGGCUACCCAUCGGUGAUGGCGAUAUGCCCGUGUCCGUUGCGGCGGGCUGGAUCGCACUGAUCUGGUAUAUCGUCGUGGUUUCUGUGUGUACGUUAGGGUAUUUCCAAAUUUGGAGACACUUUCUACAACAACCACGCCGGUCUCGCCUUGCUACGGCCUCCGACGCGCCUCAUGUCACUGCCAUUCGCCCCGUUAAGGGUCUGGAACCUCAUCUUUACGAUUGCCUGGCCGCCACCUUUCGACAAGAUUACCCGCGUGACAAGCUGACCAUCUGUCUAUGCGUCUCGACCCGCGAUGACCCUGCCUACCCGGUUCUCUGCAAAUUGGUCGAAGACUUCCCCGACGCCGAUGCACGUGUCUUUGUCGAGGAGGAGGAUCCUUUACUGCGUCGCGACGGAUCAAAUGUCUAUACGCUUGGGCCGAAUCCAAAGAUCCGAAACAUGAGCCGUGCCUACCGUGAGGCCAAGGGUGAUAUCAUCUGGAUUAUCGAUUGCAAUGUGUGGGUUGGAAAAGGUGUAUGCGGUCGCAUGGUGGAUAAGCUUUGUGGAACAGGAGCGAAGCCAGGCAAGAAGUAUAAAUUUGUUCACCACUUGCCUCUGGCUGUGGAUGUUACGGGGGUAAACAACCUCAACGAAGAACGACAGGCUCUGUUGGAUGCUUCUCGCGACCCCACGGCCGCAACCGAUGCGAUGUCAUCUGAACGUCCGGAAGACGGGUUCGGCAGUAUGAUUGCUACCGGAGGUGGCCGUCUAGAAGAGUUGUUCCUUUCCUCGGCGCAUGCGAAGAUGUACACAGCUAUCAACACGGUGCUCGUCGCACCAUGCAUUGUGGGCAAAUCUAACAUGUUCCGCCGCUCGCAUCUAGACUACCUCACAGAUCCAUCGUCAACAGGUUCCAAUCUCCGUCACCCCGGUAUUGACUUCUUUUCGGACAAUAUUUGCGAGGACCACCUGAUCGGUGACUUACUCUGGCGAAAGAAGGUGCGAGAGGAGAAGGAAACUCGAGAGAAGUGGGGAAAACACGCCAUGGUUUUUGGAGACCUGGCCUUCCAGCCCGUGGCAAACAUGCAAGUUCGGGGCUAUAUUGCCCGACGAGUGCGAUGGCUGCGGGUUCGGAAAUUCACUGUCCUCCUCGCAACCCUUGUAGAGCCCGGUACUGAGUCAUUCGUAUGCUCACUUUAUGGCGCUUGGGGCAUAACAACGGCAUUGGCACCGUACCUCGAACGGAAGGGUCUCGAAUUUGCAUCUAUUCUUGGAACAUGGGCGUCUUUUUAUGCCAUCUUUGCCCUCAGUAUCGCGUCUUGGAUAUUAGUGGAUUGGAGCCUCUAUAUCAAGCUUUUUUCUGCAAAGACCGUCGAAUUGGACGAGGAUACUCCGUCUUUUGCGCGACCUCUGCACCGUAAUUCCUCUCAAGCAACCCACCGUCCAUUUUCACAGUGGUUCGCUGCGUGGCUCGGCCGCGAACUUCUCGCUCUACCUAUCUGGCUCUCGGCUGUCUACGGUGGUGUGACUGUUGUCUGGCGGGACCGACGCUUCAAGGUCGGAUUCGAUGCCAAAGUCCGCGAAAUAGACGCCGACUUGACAAGGCCAUCGGAGGGCUCUUAUUCCACUGGUUCUGUGGUUGAUUGGUUUCCAGUCUCACCACAGAGCAAUCGUGAGAGGGACGGCAAAAUCCGCCGUGAUUGA